CCUGAUAACCUGGGAGCUUCCACCAUGCCUUUGCCUCUGGUGCUUGCUCCUGCAGGGAGUGCUUGGUGCCUCCUCCCUGUGCCACUCUCUGUGAUGCCUCUGUCCCGCUGGCUGAGAUCUGUGGGUGUCUUCUUGCUGCCAGCCCCCUGCUGGGUGCCCCUGGAGAGGUGGCUGGGUCCUCUACAGCGACCCUCCCUGGUGCUGGGGUGCCCAGUCCUGGGGGCCUGGCACAGUGCCCGCUGCUGGUGCCAAGCGUGGACAGAGGAGCCUCGGUCACUUUACUCCUCCCUCAGAAUGAACGGAGACAAAAAGUUGGACACCUAUGGCCAAGAAAAGCAGAACUUCAUCCAGCACUUCUCCCAGAUUGUCAAAGUGCUAACUGAGAAUGAGCUGGGGCACCCUGAGACAGGCGAUGCUAUUACCCGGCUUAAGGAGGUCCUGGAGUACACUGUUCUUGGAGGCAAAUACAAUCGGGGUUUGACUGUGUUGGCAGCAUUCCGGGAGCUGGUGGAGCCUCGGAAGCAGGAUUCUGAGAGUCUCUCGCUGGCCCUGACUGUGGGCUGGUGCGUGGAAUUGCUCCAGGCUUUCUUCCUGGUGUCAGAUGACAUCAUGGAUUCAUCCCUCACCCGAAGAGGGCAGCCCUGCUGGUACCAAAAGCCUGGCAUAGGUUUGGAUGCCAUCAAUGAUGCUCUGCUUCUGGAAUCAUGUAUCUAUCGCCUGCUGAAACUAUACUGCCGGGGACAGUCCUAUUACCUGAACUUGAUCGAGCUCUUCCUGGAGUGUUCCUAUCAGACGGAGAUUGGACAGACCCUGGAUCUCAUCACAGCUCCCCAGGGCAAUGUGGAUCUUGGCAGAUUCACUGAAAAGAGGUAUAAAUCUAUUGUCAAGUACAAGACUGCUUUCUACUCCUUCUAUCUCCCUGUAGCUGCUGCCAUGUACAUGGCAGGCAUUGAUGGGGAACAGGAGCAUGCCAAUGCCAAGAAGAUCCUGCUGGAAAUGGGAGAGUUCUUUCAGAUCCAGGAUGAUUACCUGGAUCUCUUUGGGGACCCCAGUGUGACUGGCAAGAUUGGUACUGACAUCCAGGACAACAAAUGCAGCUGGCUGGUGGUUCAGUGUCUGCAGCGGGCCUCUCCAGAACAGCAGCAGAUCCUGCAGGAGAAUUAUGGGCAGAAGGAGGCAGAAAAGGUGGCCCGGGUGAAGACACUGUACGAGGAGAUGAAGCUGCCAGCUUUGUUCAUGCAGUAUGAAGAGGACAGUUACAGCCGCCUUAUGAGCCUCAUCAAGCAGCAUGCUGCGCCCCUGCCUGCGUCCAUCUUCUUGGGGCUCGCACACAAGAUUUAUAAGCGGAAAAACUGACUUAGGGACAAAGACUGGGAGGAAAGGCCCUCAAUAAAUUACUGUCUAACCUCGUGA